AUGGUAUCCCAUGGCACUUGCACUUCAUCACCCGCAUCACAAUAAUCAAUCUGUAUUGCAAACAGUUACGACAACUUCUCAGCGACUUCAAGGCAUUUCUCGUCCAAGCUGUACUUUGACAGAGAAAUUUGGUUGUGGUGAGAUGCGUGUUAUUGGUCGUGGUGCAACAUGUAGAGUCCGAAUGCUUAUUGUCACCAACAUGGGAUCGACCCAAUCCACACCAACACACUUUCAGUCCACUCCAACUCCACAACCGCCAUUCACUCGCCAAAAACGAGUUUAUGCUGUCAAGGAAUUUCGCAAACGAUCCAAAAACGAAAGUGAAAAAGUUUACAUCAAACGUAUGACCAGCGAAUUUUGUAUCUCAUCUAGUCUUCAUCACUCGAAUGUUGUAGAAACUCUUGAUCUAGUUGUCGACGAGCAUCAAAAGUGGUGUGAAGUGAUGGAAUACUGUUCGGGUGGUACUUUAUUUGAUUUACUUAGAGAAGUGUGCAUGACUCUACAGGAAGUAGGAUGCUGUUUUAAACAGUUGAUUCAAGGUGUACAGUAUAUUCACUCUAUGGGUGUUGCACAUCGAGAUUUGAAGCCAGAGAAUAUUUUGUUCAAUGCAGAGGGGCAGCUAAAGAUUUCGGAUUUUGGCGUGUCGGAUGUUUUCAAAACUGCUUUUGAGAGUUUUCCACAUUUGUCUAAAGGUCUCUGUGGAUCAAAACCAUAUAUUGCUCCUGAAGAAUUUGAACGAGGAGAGUAUGAUGCUCGUGAGGUGGAUAUAUGGGCAACAGGAGUGAUUUAUUACGUUAUGAGGCACACAGGUCUUCCAUGGCAUCUGGCUGUUCCAGACGAUUUCAACUACGCAGUAUUUUUGCAAACACGAAAUGGAAGGUUUAAGCCAAUUGAUUCUUUGGAAAAUGGAUGCAGAGAGUUGCUCAAUUGUAUUUUGGAACCAGAUCCAAAAAAACGAUAUACAGCCGACAAAAUCUCUGCCGAUCCUUGGUUUCAAAAUAUUAUUGUUUGUCAAGGAUUGGAAUGUGCUGAUGGAUCGCUGCAUCGACAUAUAUGUCAUAAAAUGUAUGCUGAUUGGGCUCAACGACAUCAUCGGCAACUGAUUGCCUAAUUGAUGUCUACAUGACAUGAUUUUUACCAAACAUUCUAUAGCAAAAUUUAGUUUUUCUACCGUCUAGCUACCACAGCCAGUGACAAAAGGUAUGAUAAUGGAGAGAUGAAAUAAAACAGGAAAUUGUCAGC